CACGCAAACACACACACACACAUCGCCGCAACCAUUUCCAUCCUCUUCCAACUCCAAAAAAUGGCUGAACGAGGUGGAGAACGAGGCGGAGAACGAGGCGGAGACCGCGGCGGUUUCUCUCGAGGCUUCGGAGGAGGUCGCGGCGACAGAGGAGGCCGCGGCGGUCCAAGAGGCCGAGGCGGCAGACGAGGAGGACGUCCGGCGGAAGAAGAGAAGUGGACGCCAGUGACCAAACUCGGGCGUCUCGUGAAAGAAGGAAAAAUCCAGAAGCUGGAACAGAUCUACCUCCACUCACUCCCCGUCAAGGAGUACCAGAUCAUCGACCUCCUCGUGGGCCCCACUCUAAAAGACGAGGUGAUGAAGAUCAUGCCUGUUCAGAAACAGACGAGAGCUGGUCAGAGGACGAGGUUCAAGGCCUUUGUUGUUGUCGGAGACACGAACGGGCACGUGGGGUUGGGGGUUAAGUGUUCGAAGGAGGUUGCUACGGCUAUUAGAGGUGGGAUUAUAUUGGCGAAGUUGUCGGUUAUUCCGGUGAGGAGAGGGUACUGGGGGAAUAAGAUUGGGAAGCCGCAUACGGUUCCGUGUAAGGUUACGGGGAAGUGUGGUUCGGUUACGGUGAGGAUGGUGCCUGCUCCGAGAGGUGCUGGGAUUGUGGCUGCUAGGGUUCCUAAGAAGGUUCUUCAGUUCGCUGGGAUUGAUGAUGUUUUCACUUCUUCGAGAGGGUCUACUAAGACUCUUGGAAACUUUGUCAAGGCUACAUUCGACUGUCUCCAGAAGACUUAUGGAUUCCUGACACCAGAGUUCUGGAAAGAGACGAGCUUUAAAAAGUCACCGUAUCAGGAGUACACAGAUUUGCUGGCCAUGAAGGAAACCACAACCAAAGUUAUCACCGAGGUUGUUGAAGACCAAGCCUCCUAAAAAAUGAAAAAACAAGCAAUGUCCUUUGUUUUGUUUUUGGAUCAUCAUCCUUUCAUGAGUUAAUUUUGUUCGAACCUUUUAGUACAUGUUGGAUUGCUGCAUCUUAUGUUUUCAUCAUCUUCCUAAACAGUUUUUUGUGCUCUAGUUUCUUUUUAUAAUGGAUGAUAAUUUUCUAUUUUUUUUGCUUUUUGAUCAAAU